AUGGGAAGGAAGCCAUGCUGCAGCAAGGAAGGACUGAAUAGAGGAGCAUGGACAAGCCAUGAAGACAAGCUGCUGUCAGAUUACAUUGCAGCUCAUGGUCAUGGGAGAUGGAGAACCUUGCCUAACAAAGCUGGGUUGAAGAGGUGUGGAAAAAGCUGCAGGUUGAGAUGGUUGAAUUACCUAAGACCAGAUAUCAAGAGAGGAAACAUUACUAAUGAAGAAGAGGAUCUGAUCAUUAGGUUACAUAAGCUACUUGGAAAUAGAUGGUCAUUGAUUGCAGGACGAUUGCCAGGGCGUACAGACAAUGAAAUCAAGAACUACUGGAACACUUAUCUCAGGAAAAAGCUCUCAAGCGAUAGCUCAGAACAGCAACGGACUGGAUGGAAGAACAAGAAACCGGCCCCUCGUGGCCCACUUAAAGAGAAGGCUGUAAGGUCUGAAACCAAUGUGAUCCGAACCGAGGCAGUUCGAUGCACCCGAUUCACAUUCCCCUACCCAACAACUGGGUUUUCGGAUUCUCCCCUUCCCAAUUACAAUGAGCACGAGCGACCUCUACUGUUGAACUUAGAUAGAGAUGAAUUGCGUAUGGGUGAGAUUACUGGAAAAUGGGAUUGGCCCUCAAUGCACGGAGUAUCUAGGGGUGAUUAUUGCAUGGCUAAUCACGCUGGUGUGGAUGAAAAUGAAGGUGAAAUCUCACCCUUGAGUGAAGAAAGUUACAUGAGAAGGAUUAAUCCAGGCCGUGGAAUUGAAGGGGAUUAUCAUUUUUCGUUUCUUGAUGGAGAUGUAUGGGACUUUAAUAUGUUUUAG